AUGUCUACGCUGCAUCACAAUCGAACUCCAAAUAGAUCUGUUGAUGAAACAAAGCAUCCCAGAUUUCUGAAUGGUAAAUUCCGAUCUCUUCCAGAAGUUACGGCGACACCAUUUUUGGCGGGAGUUGCAUUAGCUGCGACUGCACUAGCUGGUAGAUAUGGACAUAUGGUAUCCAAGCCUGGCAAGCAUUCAAAGCUAGGCCACCACGGCCCAAAAUCAAGAAAUUCUACGAAGGCGGUUUCCAGCCUACCAUGA